AUGAUGCGUCCAUGGCUACUCCGAGCACAACAGGCGGCAGGAACACGACGUCUCUCAUACAACCACACACAGAGGAUACAACCCUGCGGGACAAGAACACUAACCACAGCACACAGUCUCCACCACCCACAGCAACAACGCCCCGUUCACGCGGCACCACCGCCAACAAGAAACUUGGUCAAGGGCCGCUGGGAACCCAUCAUCGGUCUCGAGAUCCACGCCCAGAUAAAGUCGAACACAAAGUUAUUCUCAGAUGGCCAAACGUCUUUCAAUGCACCCACCAAUACCCAUGUCACCCUCAUCGAUGCUGCCUAUCCCGGCACCUUGCCCCAAUUGAGCCAGGAAUGUGUGGAUCUGGCCGUCAAGACCUCCCUUGCCCUGGACGCCCAUGUUUACCCAGUAUCGUCUUUUGAUCGCAAACACUACUUCUACCCAGAUCUGCCCCAAGGAUACCAAAUCACCCAGCACUACGAACCGUUGGCGCAAAAUGGCAAAAUUGAGCUGUCACCGCUGGACGGGCUGGAUUACCACUUGACUGUCGGGAUCGAGCAACUGCAGCUGGAGCAGGAUACAGGAAAAUCACUUCACGAUGUCUAUCCGGGGCUUACCUUAUUGGAUUUCAAUCGUGCCGGAACUGGACUGAUGGAGAUUGUGACCAAACCUGAUUUGCGGUCGUCCAAGGAGGCUGGUAUCUUGGUCAAGAAAUUGCAAGCGCUCUUGCGCGCUAUCAACAGUUCUGACGGAAACAUGGACGAGGGAUCCAUGCGAUGCGAUGUUAAUGUGUCUGUGCAUGAAGUCGGGAAGGCUUACGGAGAGCGCAGCGAGUUGAAGAACCUCAACAGUAUUAAGUCAGUUGUCGACGCUAUUGACGCGGAGAUCGCGCGCCAGAUCGAGGCAUACGAAUCCAAUGAACCAGUAACACAGGAAACCAGAGGAUUUGAUGUCUCCACAGGAACGACAUUCAGGAUCAGAAGCAAGGAAUCCGCACCAGAUUACCGAUACAUGCCAGAGCCCGAUCUGCCACGCCUAGUUUUGGAUUUGGCGACGAUCCGUGCUCUGAAGGCGCAACUUCCAGAACUCCCGGAUGUGCAGAGGGAACGUAUUAUGAGCCAGUACGAUUUGAGCAUGAUUGAGACACGGACACUGAUGGGCGAGGAUGGGAUGGUUGAGUACUUUGAGAGUGUGGUGUCGAAAGGACCCUCGGCCAAGAGUGUCAUCACUUGGACAAUCCAUGAGCUGCUGGGAAGGUUAAAUACGCGCGGUAUCAAGUUCUCUCCAAAGGUCGUCAAAGCUCCCCAACUCGAAUCCCUCAUCAACUGUGUCGACCGCGGCGUGAUAUCCGCAAAAGUCGGCAAGACCAUCCUCAACCUAAUGAUCGAAGGUGACCUACGCGACGCAGAAGCAAUCGUAGAAGAAAAAGGAUGGAAACAGAUGGAGAACCAUGACGAAUUGGAUAAGCUGUGCGAGGAUAUGAUGUCCCAGUAUCAGGAUAAAGUUAAGGCGGUCCAGAAGGGGAAUGUGGGGGUGUUGGGGUUCUUUGUGGGCCAGAUUAUGAAGCAGAGUAAAGGGCGUGCUAACCCUGUGGUUGUGAACCAGAUCUUGAGGACCAAGAUGGGCUUGCCGGAGGUGUCCGAGUCUGAGGGUGUUGGACAGUCGAGUAGUAAUGACCAAGGGCAGAAGAACAAGAAGAAGAAGAAGUGA